AUGACCAGUGAAGCUAAGAACUUAAGUUCCACAAGAGAUUGCUACUGUACUGUGAAAUUAGACCAGGAAGAGGUUUACAGAACAGCAGCUAGAGAAAAGACACAAUGUCCGUUCUGGGCAGAGGAAUACAUGUUCGACAUUCCCAUCCGAUUCCGCAUGCUCUCCUUUUACAUCUACGAGAAAGACAAACUCAAGCGAUCAGACUCGGCCAUUGGGAAGGUGGCGCUACGUCGGGGAGAGCUCCAUAAAUGCCAAAGCAAGGAUCAGUGGUACCCGUUGACCCCUAUCGACCAAGAUACAGAAGUGCAGGGUAAAGUCCAUGUAGAAGUCAGGACCAGUGAAUUAUUGAAUGGAUCGUCCUCAAUCACUAAACUAGCAGUAAGAGUCGUGGAGGGAAGUGGAUUAACAAUCGUCAACGGCCAAUGUGAUACAUAUGCCACAGUUUCAUACCAUUCUGCCUCGAGGUUAGAAACAAAAAGGACUAAAGUGAAAAGGAAAUCUACAAAUCCCCAAUUUGAUGAAGCUUUCCAGUUUGAGUUGCAGAAGAAUAAUUCCUAUGUUGAGAAGAAUCAUUUUAGUCCACCAGAAGAAGACAUCUGCAAGACAGAACUCAGAAUUGCCUUGUGGAACUCUGUAUCUGGUUUAUCAGGUGAUGUGUUCAUUGGUGAGGUCAAAAUACCAAUUAGUGCUCUAGACAUGUCUACAGGCCUCCAUCAAGCAUGGUAAGUCAGACAUUGAUUUAAAGGACAAGUCCGCCCCAACAAAAAGUUGAUUUGAAUAAGAAGAGAAAAAUCCAACAAGCAUAACACUGAAAAUUUCCUCAAAAUCGGAUGUAAAAUAAGAAAGUUAUGACAUCUCAAACUUUCGCUUUAUUUCACAAAACAGUUAUACGUACAUCCUGGUCAGUAAGCGAAUGAGGAGACUGAUGAUGUCAUCCUCUCACUAUUUCUUUUGUAUUUUAUUAUGUGAAAUAUUCUAAUUUUCUCCUCUUUGUCAAGUGACUCAAUGAUUAGUUCUUCCCUGAACAUGUGGAAUUGUUUGAUACCAUAUGGUUCAGUCAACUUGGUCCUUAUUGUCAAAUCUGUAAAAAUUUAAUAUUGUAUAAUUCAAACAAUAAAAAACAAAAAGUAAUAGUGAGUGAUAGACAUCAUUGACUGACUCAUUUUGCAUGACACCGGCCUGUGCAUAUCACUGUUUUAUGAAAAAUAAGAGAAACUUUAAAAUGCCAUAACUUUCUUAUUUUACAUCCAAUUUUGAUGAAAUUUUCAGUGUUAUGCUUGUUGAAUUUUUCUCUAUUUAUUUCAAUCAACUUUAUACUGAGGUGGACUUGUCCUUUAAAAACAGAAUAAAACUUCAGCAUAGCUGUUCUUCUCCUUGGUCCUGAAAAAAUAGGUUAAAAAGAUGAAAUAAUGGCAAACUGUAAUUAGCAAUUAUCACAUUGAGCAAAGUUGUGCAAAAUGAAUAAAGUUUGCUGUUUGCUAGCUGUUUUUCAAAAGGGCUACAAAACAGUUUCAGAAAGGGAAACAAAAAAGCUACAAAAUGUCAUGUUGUUCACUGUUUGUAUAGAAAGAAAAAAAAACAUAAAACAAACUAAAUCAUGUUAUAUACUCAUAAUUGCAGAUUUUAUACAAAAUCACAAGUAAUGAAAUAUUACUUCAACUAUAUAAUAAAUUAAAAAUAAUAUUAAGUAGUCACUAUAAUUAGAUAAAAAUGAACAGAUAAUAUUUACAAAGUGAGCAAAAAGCAAAGGGUAAAAUAAUUAGAAUGACCUAGUUAAAGAUGUGAUGUUUUGCAUGUGAUAAAAGUUGUAGUUUAUUUUAGAAUAUUCAUAUUUGACUUAUGAUGACACUACUGAGCAGUUUCAUGUAAUUGUUUUAAUAUCUUAAUUUUGUUUAGGCUCCCUAGUGAGAAAAACUCUUAUUUAUCAAACAAUUUCACAUGGUGUUUGAUAUUCCCUAUUAAAAGUCGUAGUGGAUGUGUUAUUAAGCUAUUUGUAGGUUACAACUUUAUGCGUGACUGGUUACCCUUUCUUGUGCUAAAUAAUAUAUCCAUAUGUGGCUGAUUGGCGCAUAAAAUCAUGUUCCAUUCAUGCGUUAAGUUAUGGGUAUCAUCACAACCAUCUCUAUUUAACAUCAAGCUGUUCUUCUUCCUUUUUAUCUUGUCUUCAAAAAAAUAAGUGUAAGUUGUAAACGAAGAAAAUGUGUUUGGUACCUUAAUUAUCUGUCCUAUUUCAUGGCAUUCAGGUAUACUCAGUCAUGCUUCCAUUUGCGUUUUGCUUACGACCACCUUGACAUUCAAACGUCGCUGUCGUCUGAAACAUAAAUUGAACAAAGAGAAAAGGCAGAGGUAUAGCCCAGAUCAUCGGGCUGUGAAUUAUCUAUCACCCUCACAACUUUCCUCUCACGAUAUUGUUUACAGUUCAUCGAUUUCAACCCGAGACCCUUUUACCCCCAGUGGAGCAAUUCACACAUGAAGCGGUUUGCACGCGUAAUUUCCCUCGGCAUACAAGCAUAGCAAAUGACUUGUCAUACACCAUCAUUUAAGCUUCCCCUCAACUCUUUUUUUUUUUUUUUUUUUCGUGUGUGUGUGGUGGAUAUCCUCGGUUGCGCUCUCCCCUGCCACCGGUGCAGAUGAUUGUGUUCGCAGGGAAAAUAUGUUCCUUGGGGCGAUGGUGGAUGGUGAUUGCGUUUCCGGGUCUUUGACUGUGCCAGGCUGCGCAGGAUAUUGGUGGGUUUUUAGGGUAUGGAUUGGAUUACGAUUGCGAAGGAGACGGAAAGGUUUCUGAAUACCACCAUCCCGCAUCCGGCUGAGGGUAACUCGCACUUCUUUACUUCUUCAGUGCAAUGGCGCCUCUUUGUCAUUUUUUUUUUCCCCCCAAAAGUGUUGGACUUCAAAGGAAGUCUCAUUUUACACCCCCUGUGAUUCAGGCCAAACUAGAUUGUUCUUUUAUAUUUUCUGAGUGAUGGGAAGCUUUUCGUUUGUCUCUACCAGCGGAAUGAUACUCUGU